AGUAUUUCGAGAGGGAGAGCGGACUCUCCCCACUCUCGGCCGUACCAGGGCAUUUGGGGGCAUGAUGGUAAUAUAAUUUAUUCGCAUUAAAUAAAACGUCACUCGGUAGUCUUACCACAUAAACUUCCUAAAACAUCUGGUUCAUAAAUAAAACGAGGAUUUUUUACAUAGAUAUAUACCAGGUGAGUUUUAAAGUCACCACCAAUCAGCGUUCCAUGUUUCAAAUAAAUGAUUGCUUGUCAUGAGUAAAAAAUUAUCAGUCAACAUCAACCAACGAAUUUUUAGUGAGGAAAUAGCAGCUAUUUGCGGACAUUUCCGUUUCAACAAUGAUAAGUUUAAUUAUGAUAUUUAUAUAUGCUACUGAGAACUGUUCUGAACCCUUAUUUUGAAAUUUAAUUCCGGUUUGUGUAGUAGGGUGAUGUAAACAUUUUUAUUCGGAAUAGCCAUGAGCUUAAAUGUGUGAUGUUUACAUCGAAUUGCAAACAAUAAUGGAUAUCCACUUAGUAUCGGUCCUUCAAUAGCCAUCUGCUUGCUGAUGCGACUUGAUAUUUUUACAGCAAAAGUGCAAAGGACACUGUCUUUGUAGUUAUUGCUUUGUCAUUUCCUUGAAGAGUUUACUACCAUAGACAAGGUGUGGUAUUAGUUUCUAAAAAAAACAUUUAUACACCUAUCAUUUUAAAAAGUGGGAAAUAGCAUCAUUCUGAGCAGUGACCAAACGUAAUUUCACCAAGUAUGUUUCUGUAUUUGCUCAAAGUGAUUUAAAUUCAGAUACAGAAGACAUAGUUUAUGAUUAUAGUUUGUUUUGAUUGCUGGGAUAUCCACCUGCUUUCUAGGAGGAUUGCAAUAAAAUUGAAAGUGCUAAAUGUACCGUGCUAAUGUGGUAUGGCAACUCAAACUCAUGUACGUACGUACAAAGUUCUACGUUGUUACUGACUGACCGAAAUGUACUGUUUAACUUUUUAUAGUUCUAUACAUACUAAUCCUCUAUUGGUGUAAAUCUUUUGAUAGACAAACAAUUUAAUGUUUCAGUUGUUAAUUUUUAGGUUGGUUUGGAAAUGUCAGCUGCAGUACAUAUUGGUGAACUCGCAUUUUUAAAGAUGGUUUUACAUGCUGCCAAGCAUCCAGAGAGUUCCGUCAAUGGUAUUCUUUUAAGUGAUCAAAACUGUGAUUCACAAAUAAUCAUUACUGACUAUAUUCCACUAUUUCACAGUGUCAUAAAUUUGACACCAAUGCUAGAAACAGCUUUGUAUCAUGUAGACUCAUAUUGUGCAGCUAAAGGUCUUCAAAUAUGUGGUUAUUUCCAAGCAAAUGAAUACAUUAAUUGCAAUACCCCAACAAGUAUUGCAUGCAAAAUUGGUGAGAAGUUAGCUGAAAAAUGUGGCAACGUUUGUUUAUUGACUUUUAAAAAUGAUGCUUUGCAUCGGUUAACUGGAAACUACUUUACAGUAUUUUGCAAAUCAGAUUGGAAGUGGAAUGAUACAAAGUACACAUUUAAUCCAAAUGUUAAUAAAAAGUUAAAAGAAAUUCUACAUUUAAAAGUUCACCGUCAAAUUGUUGAUUUUGAUGAUCAUUUGAAUGAUGUUAAUUGUGAUUUUCUUAAUUUACAAUUAUCGAAAUCGUUAUGUGUAUAAAUUGAUUUUUUAAUGUAAAGUUUUUAAUUUUUUUUCCCAAACAACAAUAAUAUCUAGC